CUCUUUCUCUAUCUGCCUCCCUGCCUUUCAAAUAAAAUGAAAAUAAAUCAUUUUUUAGGUGCAGUAGGUGAAAAGGGGACCCCAACCUUCCACAUGCCAUGCUGUCUUUUGAUUGGGCUUUCUCUGUUGGUCUCAAACUGUAUGUGUACUGAGAGUGUCUUUGCACAGUAGGCUUAGGUGUGGGCUUCAGAAAUAAUUCUGUAAACACCCAUGUUGAGAAGUGGUCAUCUUGAUCACGUUCUCUUUUUGGAGUCUACCACAGAUAGACUUCCCUAAAUACUUACUCAGUUCACUUAGUGGUGGAUUAAGUGUCUUAUUUUCUCAAAGGUUCAUGAGGGAACAAAUGUACAGUAUCUGCAGGCCUCUCCAUCUCUGGAGGCUCCUAUCUAUGGUGUCUAUUGCUGUUGCAGAUAUCUGUUGAACUCCUGAUCCUCAUUGGAUGAGGUGAAUGCAGUGCUUCAUGUGGCACCAGGAAAAGGAGAGAAACAGCCCUUUAUUGCCCUUGGGUUUGCCACUUCCAGGAACCUUGCCUCUGGCCCAGCACCAUGUACCAUUCAUACAGUUUGACUCAUCUGAGAAGUCUGGCAUCAUCUAUCCCUGGGGAGAGGCACUUUUGGUGCUUGGGAUGGCACUACUUCAGGCAUAGGGAGUUCCGUAUUCCUGGCCCCACCCAUCGACUCCUACUGGCUCCUUCCCGAGCCAGUCCUGCCCACUGUGUCUCACCCCCAGCCAGAAAUGUUCCACAUUUCCAGCGGUGCCUUGCACUGAAAGCCAUGAACUAGCCCAGCCCCAUGAUCUUACAGGCAAGGGAGUGAAUGUUGGGUGGCCAUGGCCUUUCCACGCUGCUGUUCUCUAAAUUCAGCAGAAUCAGGACCCACUGCACAGUUAUCCCAUGUGGUUAGUUUCUGGAAUAAGCCUCCGUGUUUCAUUCUUUCCCUGAAUACUGUUUUCUCAGAAUGGUACAUGUAAGCCUAGAUCAAGUAAAAUGAGGAACGUUUUCAAACUGUUCCGUGCCACUCCAGGCUUGGGGGCAGUGCUUUGUGCACACCAUGCGUUCCAUGGCCAUCCAGCUCUUGGAGCCCCUUAAUGGUAAAAAUCAGACUUUGCUCCUUCUGCCUUUUUGUCAAGUGCUUCUAGGGGAGGUACUGUCACCCCAGAGUGCCUGCCUGGAGGACAGAAACGGAACGUUUGGUCAUAAAAAACUCACUGAAGUUGGCUGUCACUGAGCUUGACUUGGACACCAGAAUCACAUUUCAGACCCCAUUUGCCUUUAUACACCUGACUUGCUGCCCUCGUUGCCUUGGUAACUUUCUCCCUACACACUUGGAUGCUCUGUGAAGGAAGAACAAUCAUUUUAGUCUAACUAUAGAUGUUGUUGAAGAGCUUGUGAUUCAUAAGUGACUCUUCCUUAUUCCUAAAUGGAAUAGCCAGCAUUGGGUGGGGCUUUCAGCUGGAUUCCCCGCCCCGCCCCAAAGACUCUCAAGUGCUCUACACAAGCAUUUUUGUGGUGGUGUCUCCAAGAAAGCCUGGCUGUUGGUGGGAUGGGGUGCUGAUGUCCCCUGAUCUUCAUACCAAACACCUGUUUAUACCCUGUGGGGAGGAGAAGCACUGAAUUUUUUAAGUUUAGUUUUUUCUUUUUUUUUUUUCUCACUUGCUUCUUAAGCGUAAAACCAAUCUAGUUUCUUUUUCUGAGGCAGAGGAGGAAGGAACAAACAACAAGUUAAUCAGACAGGAAGCGAAUAACCACAGCAGGACGUUUGCCUCUGACUCAGUCACACUGAGCGAGCGGCCAGAGCCCUGCUAUGGCUGCCCCCGGACGACCCAGCCCCGGCCUGUGAGGAUGAUGCCUUUUUCAUGGACGAUUUGCUCUCCUGGCUUGGGUCCCACGUGCUCUGUCUGCAUGUGACCCUGACUAUGGCCUUCUCCAGUACCCUGUAACGACUUGUCAUCAAGACUGUUAAGAGUAACUGAUCCAAGAUGCCCGUACCUCCACCUCCAGCGCCCCCACCACCGCCAACCUUUGCACUGGCCAAUACUGAGAAGCCGACCUUGAAUAAGAGAGAGCAGGCUGGGAGAAAUGCCCUACUGUCUGACAUCAGCAAAGGGAAGAAACUGAAGAAGACAGUCACCAAUGACCGAAGUGCACCGAUACUGGACAAACCUAAAGGACCUAGUGCUGGUGCAGGCAGUGGAUUUGGUGGAGGAGGUGGCAGCGGCGGUGGUGGAGGUGGCAGCGGCGGCGGAGGUGGGGGUGGCCCGCCUGGACUAGGAGGACUGUUCCAGGCCGGAAUGCCAAAGCUAAGAUCCACAGCUAGCAGGGAUAACGACUCUGGAGGAAGCCGGCCACCGAUUUUGCCACCAGGAGGAAAAUCCACAUCUGCCAAGCCCUUUUCACCCCCAAGUGGUCCGGGGAGGUUUCCUGUACCUUCUCCAGGCCACAGAAGUGGUCCCCCCGAGCCCCAGAGGGCCCGGAUGCCUCCUCCACGGCCCGACGUGGGCGCAAAGCCUGAAAGCGUUCCUCCUCCAGUACCUAAUACGCCACGGCCUGUCCAAUCAAGUCUGCACAACCGCGGGUCGCCACCAGUCCCUGGGACCCCCAGGCCACCUGGCCCCGCCCCGACCCCUCCCCCCUUCCCUGGAAACCGAGUUGCCACUUUCGGGGGAAGCUCCAUACGUCAGUCCCCCUCAGGCUCUCCUUCGCCCUUCUCCAACAGGCCUCCCCUGCCUCCCACCCCAAACAGGGCCCUGGAUGACAAACCCCCUCCACCACCUCCGCCAGUGGGCAACAGGCCCUCCAUCCACAGGGAAGGGGUUCCGCCUCCUCCACCUCAGAACAACAAGCCUCCAGUGCCUUCCAACCCCCGACCAGCCACCUCCUCACAGGCCCCGCCGCCUCCACCGCCCCCCAGCAGGCCCGGGCCGCCUCCCCUGCCUCCAGGUGGCAGUGGCAGUGAUGAAAUCCCAAGGCUCCCACAGCGGAACGUGUCCCUCACUUCAUCUGCACCUCCCUUGCCUUCAGGGGGACGUUCGGGUCCUCUUCCUCCCCCGCCCACCGAGAGACCCCCUCCUCCAGUGAGGGACCCACCAGGCAGAACAGGCCCCCUCCCACCACCACCUCCAAUAAGCAGAAAUGGCAGCACAUCGCGGGUCCUUCCUGCCACCCCUCAGUUGGCGUCCAGAAGUGGAAUCGAUAGUCCCAGGAGUGGGCCCCGGCCUCCUCUUCCUCCUGAGAGGCCUGGUGCUGGGGCACCUCCACCACCUCCACCAUCAACAUUGAUUAGAAAUGGCUUCCAAGACUCCUCAUGUGAAGAUGAGUGGGAAAGCAGGUUCUACUUCCACCCAAUUUCUGAUUUGCCACCUCCAGAACCGUAUGUGCCAACAACCAAAAGUUACCCCAGCAAAUUGGCAAGAAAUGAGAGCCGAAGUGGAUCCAAUCGAAAAGAAAGGGGUGCUCCGCCUCUACCUCCCAUCCCAAGGUGAUCUUUACCUGCUCUUCUGGACCCGGGCCCUGACAGCUGCUUUUGUUGUUGCUAUAUGAGAAUUGUACACACACUCCACCCCCUUUGCUUCCCGUGACCCCUUACAUUAGCAGGAGGGGCAAGGGGAGAAGGGAGAACAAAAAAAAUGGGUGUGCCAGGGUGGGGAUAGGGAAGAGAUGCACCUAGCUUGUUACAAUGUACAGAUUCUCAAAGCCAUUUAUUGCUUGCUUCAGCUGCAGCAGCCAGGGCUGGCUGCUGGGAAUCCAUAGCUUUUGCAAUAAGUAGGCAGAGACAAAUCAAGACCCAGCUUUUAGUCAACCAAAUUCAAACAGACACUGCUUUUUGGCUACAGGCUGUAAUUAUUAAAAUCCCAGAGAGCUGUUUCCUUCCAUGUCUUUCUUUGCAUGCUUGGCUUCCUAGCUGUUUUCAUCAACCACAGACCACCUGAGCAAACUGCUGAGCAAGGGCAUACAUGAAACUUUUGCAUGUACAGGAUGGCCAAUCUUGGGCCGUUUGAGAUAGAUUUGAGAACACACCUGUCCAGUAAAAAUAAAAUGUGAGGUCCAGGCAUAAUUUUAAGAUAAUAAUAGUUGGGGUUGUAUAAAAGGGUUUUUCUAAAAAACAAAAAGUGAAAUUAACUAUAUUUACCCCAUACAUUCAAAAUAUGAAUGUACCUGAAAUUGGUAUAAAAUUAUUAAUGCUAUAUUUUACCGUUUUUGGUACUAAGUGUUCAAAAUUCAGUGUGUAUUUUACAUUACAGCACAUUUCUACUUGGACUAUUUAUGUGUUAAAUGUUCAAUAGCCACAUGUGGCCGAUGGCUACCACAUUGGACAGCACAAAUUUGGAAGAUGGAAACUAAUGCAAAAAUCUCAUUUCAAAAACCAAAAAUGCAAAAUGAGUUUUAGCAAUUCAAGGGGACCUAGAAAUAAAGUGAGGAAGCAGUGCCUUGUUUGGCAGACAGCCUGACUAUAGAUUUUGGUCUCUUAACUUUCCAUCUUCCCUUAACAUCUGUGUGUAAGUGUUGCUCACAAUACCAACGUCAGAAACUAAUCCAAUAGGGCUUAGGGUCACAUGGAAUAAAGCCAUUGGCAAGAAACUAAAAGUCUGUCAGAGCCUCUGGCCUCAGACCCAGCGGACUCACUCUUCGGUUGGAUGCCUGUGCUGUGCGAUUCCAAGCUGCCUCUGUUCUUCUCAGGCUGAGCAAGCUCAUUAAGGGCCCUGAUAUGGUAGGAGAGUCAGGCAAUGAUAUCCAGUAGAAACAUGGAAGAAGAGAAGAGAUUUGAACUGAUGGGCAAAACUCAAAAGACACAUUCUGAUGCCUGCUCAGUUAAGCAAACUGGGGAGACAGCACAAACUGGAGGGCAUUUGUUUUGAGUCUUUUCGGGGGGAAAUAUUUGUCUUGGAUCUAUGCAAAUAAAGCUUCCACUUAAGGGCCAUAGAGAAGAAUCAGACUUGCCUUUUUUUUUUUUUUACAUGAUUUUGUUUACAAAAUUUUACUAGGACUUUUAAAUCUAGCUAUAGAAUUGGAAAAAAUCCAUUUAGAUGUUUUAUAUGGUUUAUUAUGUUUAAAAUUACCAUUGCUUAUUUUUUAAAAGCAUACAACCACAUGUUUAUGUAUAUCUAUCUAGCUUUGUAUCAUGACUUUAGUGUAUUCAUGUAAUAUUGAAGGAUGCUAAUAAGAAGUCAAUCCAAAGAAAAAUCUGAAACAUGCAUUCCUAUUUAUGGAAUAAAUAAAUGUUUCAUUUAUGUAAAAGCAAAAGAACUUAAGAGUUUUGACAAAUAGGAUAUCUAAUAAAUUAUGAAGUUACUGAUUUGGGUAUAUUGUAUUUUUAUAAUAUUCCUGGCCAAAGUCCUGAGCUAAGUACACCAGAGAAUUUCUUUCUCCCCUCUACUACCCAUCUGUCUUUGAUACAGUCACAGGGACUCUUGAUUCAUACAGAAUCAAGAAAUAUAAAAAUGCAACAUGAUUGGCAGAAUAUUUUAAAAAAUAUUUUAUGUUUACUUUGUCUCUGUCUCUCCUCCUCUCUGUGUAUCUGCCUUUCCAAUAAAAAUAAAUAAAUCUUUUUAAAAAAUUAAUAAAAAUAUUUUAUGUUGAACAUUUGGUAAUUUAGUGGUAUUUUACUUUGAAUUCUUUGAUGUAAAAAGUGAUAAACAUUCUUGUAAAUAAACCCAAUGACCUAUUUCACAAACAACACGGUUUGGCCUUUCUAGCAAAUCUGGGAGAGAAAAGGCUGACUUAAGAAAGGUGGACCUAAGUGUUGUGAGGAAUAAAAAGAAUUGAGUAACUUGCAUAUCUCAACUUUGCAGCUACCCACAGCACGAAGUUGCCAUGCAUGCACAAUGUUUUUGGCUAUGCAUUUUGAAAAGACUGUUUCACACACCUGCAGCCUUCCUUUGAAGGUUAGCAUCCUUAUUGCAUCUGGUUCUUAAGAGAAAGUUCUGUGCUAACAUCUUCCAGCUAUGGUAAACCAUUAAGAUGAGUGUUUUCCUCCCCUAAAAUCAGAGCUUAUAUGUGUGUUUUUCACAUAAAGUUUCCAGAUAAAUGGAUUUGAGAUGCAAUACAGUAUUUUUAAAAUUUAUAUAUCAUUUUAUAUUGAAAUGUAUUACAGUAUUAAAAUGCAGUGUUCAGUAUUUAUUUCACUAUGCAUUUUAUUUAGCAAAAGCAGAGAAAAAUGUUUAAUCCAAUGGUGCCUUUGUGAUUUGAAAGAAAUUGACUUUUUAUGUCUAAACAGAUUACUUGCAUUUGUAAAAAGUUAGGCCUUUAUAUUUUAACUUGUAAUACCAAUUUUGUUAUUGUCAAAGUGCCUAGGAUUUUGGCAUGAAAUUAAUCUUUCCCUGUUUAUAGUCAGGGACUGAAGAGGGAGAAAACAAAUGUGUUCAUACCAUUGCACUAUGUAAACAGACACAUUUUGGUAUCUGUGACAUCAGGAUCAUUUAAGUCACAGGGUAGAGCCUACCCUCAUGUCUGUGUCUUUGUAAGUUAGCACGACAAUAAAUAAAAGUAGAA